AUGAACUUGGAGCCAGGCGAGUGCGGGAUGAACUCAGUGAGCUGCGGCAACGGGAAACUCCGCCAGUGGCUGAUCGACCAGAUAGACAGUGGCAAGUACCCAGGGCUGGUGUGGGAGAACGACGAGAAGAGCAUCUUCCGCAUCCCCUGGAAGCACGCCGGCAAGCAGGACUACAACCGUGAGGAGGAUGCCGCCCUCUUCAAGGCCUGGGCUCUUUUUAAAGGAAAGUUCAGAGAGGGCAUUGAUAAACCAGAUCCCCCUACCUGGAAGACAAGAUUAAGGUGUGCUUUGAACAAGAGCAAUGACUUUGAAGAACUGGUGGAGAGAAGCCAGCUGGACAUCUCAGAUCCCUAUAAAGUGUACAGAAUAGUGCCAGAAGGAGCUAAAAAAGGUGCAAAACAGAUGAGCAUGGAGGAGCAACCGUUAAUGAUGAACCAUCCCUUUCCAAUAACGUCUCCUUACACUUCACUACCAUCUCAGGUACCGAACUACAUGGUGCCUCACGAACGGAACUGGAGGGAGUUUGCCCCGGAGCAGCCGCAUCCUGACAUCCCCUACCAGUGCGCCAGCGUCCCCUUCGCAGCUCGCAGUCAUCACUGGCAAGGGCCUGGCUGUGAAAAUGGUUGUCAGGUGACAGGAACCUUUUAUGCUUGUGCCCCUCCUGAGUCCCAGACUCCUGGCAUCCCGAUUGAGCCAAGCAUAAGGUCUGGUGAAGCCCUCGCCCUGUCAGAUUGUCGACUCCACAUCUGCUUAUAUUACCGUGAAAUACUGGUAAAGGAGGUGACAACUUCUAGUCCUGAAGGUUGUAGGAUAUCCCAUGGCCAAAGUUACGAGGUCAGCAGCCUGGAGCAAGUUAUCUUCCCUUAUCCAGAGGAUAAUGGCCAGAGGAAGAAUAUAGAAAAACUACUGAACCACCUGGAACGAGGAGUAAUACUGUGGAUGGCACCUGAUGGCCUCUACGCUAAGAGACUUUGCCAAAGCAGGAUCUACUGGGACGGGCCUCUGGCGCUCUGCAGUGACCGACCCAACAAGCUGGAGCGGGACCAAACAUGCAAGCUUUUUGAUACUCAGCAGUUUUUGGCAGAGCUGCAAGCCUUUGCUCACCAUGGACGUCCGCUGCCAAGAUACCAGGUCGCUCUGUGCUUUGGGGAGGAAUUUCCAGAUCCGCAGAGGCAGAGGAAACUAAUUACAGCCCAUGUUGAACCAAUGUUUGCCAGGCAGCUGUAUUACUUUGCUCAACAAAACAGUGGACAUCUUCUGAGAGGCUAUGAUUUACCAGAACUUGUGACUAGUCCAGAGGAUUAUCACAGAUCUAUUCGCCAUUCUUCUAUUCAGGAAUAA